AUUGCAAUGAGUUAAAGUUUAGCGAUAUGUUAUGCGACAGGUCGCGGGAGCACAGGCUGGGGUCGCUGACGGCGUUGGCGGGCCUCGUUCUACUCAACAGCAUCACCUGCAACGCCAGACUCGACUACACCGGGCUGUACGGCUCGUACUGCGCGAGUAGGUACGAGGAGCAGCGCUGCUGCCCGGGCAGGCAGGACGAAUGCAGCGUGCCGAUCCUGGGGACACUGUGCUACUGCGAUACCUUCUGCAGCGAUCGCGACGGCGAGGAGGACUGCUGCCCCGAUUACCGGUCGUAUUGCCACGGUGACAGGGAGCCCCUGCCACCGGCCCCCGGAAAUUUGACCCAACCGAUCGGCGAAUGCACCUACCAACGCAAGAGGUACAAAAACGGGGACAAGUUCAAAGACAACUGCAACAACUGCAAAUGCUCGGCGCUGGAGGAGGACUCGUGCAAAAUCAUGUGCGAGAACAACGAGUGCUUGAUGAGCCGUGAGGUGAUAGAUCGGAUCAACAGAGUCGAGAAGCUCGGUUGGGUGGCGAGGAACUACUCGAUGUUCUGGGGCCGCACCCUCCACGAGGGCCUACAGCUAAGGACGGGCACCAUCAAUCCCGCGCACUCGAUCUACCGGAUGAACGAGCCCCUGAGAAGGGCUUACAACACCGAGCACUUGCCGAGGGAGUUCGACGCUAGGGUGCGCUGGCCGGACGACGUGAAACCGGUAAGCGACCAGGGGUGGUGCGGCGCCUCGUGGGCCGUGUCGAGCGCCGACGUGGUCUCCGACAGGUUUGCCAUAAUGAGCAAGGGCGCCGAGCGGGUCCACCUGAGCGCCCAACAGCUCGUCUCGUGCAACAGCCGCAACCAGCAGGCCUGCCACGGAGGAUCCCUCGAUCGCGCCUGGUUUUUCACCAAGAGAUUCGGACUGGUGGACGAGAAGUGCUAUCCCUGGACGGGACUGCCCGACAGGUGUAGCGUACCGAGGAAGGGCAAACUAACGGAGAUCGGCUGCCGAUCGCGAAGCAGCUACGCCCUGCGGGACGAGUACUACAAGGUGGGCUCCGUGUAUCGGCUCGUCAACGAGACGGACAUCAUGCACGAGAUAUGGACCUCCGGACCGGUUCAAGCAACGAUGCGGGUUUAUCGGGACUUUUUCAACUACGAGUCUGGAGUGUACGUCCACUCGAGCUUGUCCGAGGAGCUGCCGAGCGGAUAUCAUUCCGUGCGGGUGAUCGGCUGGGGCGAGGACCCGUCGCCCCUCACUGGACUGCCCGUCAAGUUUUGGCGCGUGGCCAAUUCUUGGGGCAGGGAGUGGGGCGAGGACGGAUACUUCAGAAUCAUCCGAGGGACGAACGAGUGCGAGAUCGAAAACUUCGUCGUUGGCGCUUGGGCGAAGACGGUGUAACGAUUCUACACGAUGUUUCGGCGUGUAUACCGCGAAACCGCCUGCGCUUAGUCCGUAGUGCGCGCGAGAGCUUACGUUUGUUGGAAAGUUUUUUUUUUUUUUUUUUUUUUUUGUUCUUUUUUACGUACGUUAUUUUUAUUUCCCGACCUUGACCUUCAGUCGUCAAGGCUUUCGUGAGCGUUUCAUUGUAUUCAUCCCGAUAUUUUUAGGGUACGAAAAAAUAUAUUUACGUAGCAAUUUUUUUUUUUUUUCCAUUUUUCCAUUUCCAAUGUCGGAUGGAGAAAAAUACAGAGUUGCGCGCGAUUUAUUAGACGCGUUUGUUGAUCAUACUGUGCCAGAAUUACUAACUAACCACCGUGCCGUUGAUUUCGCAUCGAUUUUUAUUAUUUAUUUUAAAAACUAAAUGUUAUUUAUUUAACGUGUUUUAUCGAUAGUUUUUUUCAAUCUAAAGUAGGACUAUAGAUGAUAUUCUAUACGCUUUUUAUAGUUUUUAAUUGAAUGUGUACAAAAUGUUGACAUUGAGAUUUUUUGACAAUAAAUCGACAAUAAUUCAUGUUUUUCAGCA